AUGGUCGCUCUGAAGGAGGCACAGGAGAAGACCACUACCUACAUUGUCGGCUUAGAGUCCCGACUCAACAAUGCCAUCAUCAAUGCACCUUCCACAGGUAUCCUACCGCCGGCCGGCCAAACCAGUCAAUCGCCCCGCCGAAUCAAGCUCCCAGAUCCUCCCAAGUAUUCGGGAAGAAAAUCGUCGGAAAACUUUGAGACUUGGUUUACGAACCUACUUAUCUGGCUCGACUAUAACCAUUUCACGGACGACAAGGACAAAAUUCGGCAAGCCAACGCACAUCUAGAAGGAGGAGCUGCCCUAUACAUGAAAGAGUAUGCAAUCAAGCUCGCCUCAGGACAAGACGUCGGCACAUGGGCUGAAUACACCCGAAAAUUGGAAAUGGCAUACAAGACGCUUGACCCCAAGCGCACGGCACAAUCAUUACUAGAUGCACAUUGCACAAUCCGCCACAAGACGAUGAUUGCCUUCGCAGAGAAUUUCAGGGCUUACGCCCCCGAAUCAGGAUACUCUGACGAAGAUUUAAUCGUCAAAAUCAGGGAACAGCGGUCGACCCACAGUCAAACGGUCAUGUCGGUAACAGAAACUUUAGACCCCUCGAAGAUCCCAACCACUUGGAUGGAUUAUCUCGAGUUCUGCUUGGAAAUAGAAAUCAAGCAUCUCCAGCAGAUGACGGGCAACAAGUCUACUGGACAAACCACGACAACCAAGGCGACCGCUCCUAAGGACCCUAACGCAAUGGACACCAGCGCACGAAUCGCACACGAACUUUCCCCGGAACAAGACAGGUGGCUGGCAAACAAGCUAUGCUUGUUUUGCAGAAAGCACGCCUAUGAGCGAGGAAAGCGGUGCCCCUCCCCCAAGCCUGAAUACAAAGGCAAGCGGUUUCAGACACGAUCCGCCCCGAAGCAAGGACAGGGAAAAGGAAAGGGCAAGGCAAACAACGUGCGACAGGUGGAAGAAGAAACUAGCGCGGGUUCAUCAGCUCAAAUUGCGGCACUGGAACAAGCAAUUGCUGCACUUCGGGGCAUGAGCACGAACGCAUCUUCACCACCGUCCAGCAAGGGCAAAAACAAGGCAAAAAACACGGACGCGGCAUCAACGGCAUCGGUAUCAACGCUUAAGGACACCAACGCGAGAAUCGUUGAGAUAGACGAUUUCUCAGAGGAUUUUCAGUACGAAGUGUAGACGAGUCUGGUGUCACACUUCAGGACAAUUGUAUUAGUACCGUGAGAACGAAUGUACCUAGCGACCACCUAUAUAUUGCAUCCGCAGGUUUUUCUAAACAUUCGAUCGAAUUGCCGAUAAGAUUCGUAUCACGGGAAAUCCAGACAACGGCACUAUUGGAUUCUGGAGCAGUCUCCUGCUACAUCGACCAACGAU